GCCCGAGCCGGAGGUGGAAGAUGGCGGAGCCGGGGCCGGAUUGCAGCGCUCUGCUCGACGAGGAGCUUUCCUCCUUCGUCUUCAGCUACCUCGCUGACAGCCAGUACGAGGUGUCUGGUGAGGAGCAUCUCUACUCCGACUUCCCUGAGAUCGAUUUGUCUCAGCUGGAUGCCAGUGACUUUGACUCAGCCAGCUGCUUCAGUGAGCUGCAGUGGUGCGGGGAGCACUCAGAGACCGACUCCAGCCAGUACAGCACAGACGACUCCGAGCUGUUCCAGAUAAUAGACAGCGAGAAUGAAGCACUGCUGGCAGCCCUCACCGAGACAUUGGAUGAUAUACAGGGAGAUGACAUGAGCCUGGCUGCCUUCCGCACUAUGGAAGAGGGGGACACGCUCAACCAUGCCUACACCUCGCCUGCCCCCUCCCCCAAACCCACCGCCCCGGUCACGGGGGGGCCAUCCCCGGCCCCCGAGUUUGAUGAGCUGUCUCUACUGAAGAAGUUGCUCCUCUCUCCAUCACAUGUGCCCCCAAGCUGCGAGGCGCAACGGGAUGGGAGCGCCCGGCGCCUGGGGACCCCUAAAUCCCGACCCACACGGCCCUGCACAAAGGUGGAGGGUCCUCGAGACAGGAGGGUGAGUGUCCCACAGGUGCAGAGCCGCAGCUGCUCUGAGCUGCACCGACACCUCACCUCUACUGCCUCCUGCUCCCAAGCCCCCCCGGUGCCUGAGGAAUGCCCCAGCGGCAGCCACCACCUCUCCCCUGGUGACUGCACCCAUCAUGAGGACGACAGCGACUCCAGUGAGGACUCUGUGAGCUCCAGCGACUUGGUGACCCCCUCGUCCUCAGCAGAGGAUGGCUCCGGCAGCCAAUUCUUCUGUGAGGGGGAGAUGCACUCAGUAGUGGAGCUUAUCCGCUACAUGCACACCUACUGCCUGCCGCCAAGGAAGUUACCUUCCCGUGACGCCGCUGAUGCCAUGCCCCAGCCCUGCAUCAGCCCCUACAAGAGAGCCAAACCAGACUGCCCCACACAGCCAGGUACCCCUGGGAGAGCGCAAAGCGGGCCAGGCUGUAGCUGGCAGAUGAACGGGAGCUGCAAGAAGCCUGGAGCAUCCUUCUCCAUCCUGAAGGAGUUGCUGGCACGGGACCUGCUGUGCGACGUGAGCAAGCCAUACCACCUGGGCAAGCCAGUGUAUGCUGCCCUGGUGCGGCCACCUGGCUCCCGCUCCCCUGUGCCACUGACCCGGGACAGGGAGGAUGCUGUUGGGACCUGCACAUCCAGAGCCAAAACAGCACCAGAGAAGGGUGAGCAGCGGCAGAGCCCCGGGGCUGAGGCAGAGGCACUGCAGGAGCUGUGUGGCCUCGAGGACGAUGGUGGGAAGCAUGUGGGCACCCCAGGCGCAGCCAUGGGGAAGGUGGCCCGCAAGCAGGAGAACACUGUUUAUGCUGUACGUCGGUCCAAGAGACUCAACCCUGAGCUCGACCACUGGCUCUCCUUCCUUGACGAGCCACCCCCUGAGCUCUCCAUCCCUCGGGAGGCAGGGGAUGGCUGCAGCUCCCGGGAUGCCCUGCCAUGCAGACAGCCCAUACCGUGCCCAGCACUGGAGGGCUUCUCCACUGAAGAUCCUGCAGCCGAAGUGGAGGUGGGGGUCACAGCACCACCAGCAGAGCCCCAGCCUCUCUCCCUGGGCUCCCCAGGGGAUGGUGAGGUUGGCAAUGGGGCUGAGAUCCGGCGCUGUGUCCUCCUGGAGCAAGCAGAAACACCCAGGGGUCUCACACUAUCCUUGGCACAAACUGACCCAACCUUUGGGAAGAGAAACUUUGAGCCGAUGCUGACUGUGGAGCUGUGUGGGACAGCAGGUCUCACACCACCCACCACUCCACCAUACAAGCCCGCUGAAGAGGACCUGUACAAGCCAGAUGUCACACAGGAGCUGGGGAAGGAAGAUGAGAUGGCUCCCAGCCCCAGGGGAGUAGGGGAUUCAGCAGCCUCCCGGAAAGCCCUCAGGAAGCACCCUGAGAGGACAGAGCUGUUCGCCCACCUGAGCCGAGCUGCUGGGCACCCCGUGCUCCCCGAGCAGCAAGGUGUGCUCAAGCGUCCCUUCUCCCGCUCCUUUGGGGACCACGACUACUGCCAAGUCAUGAAGCCCGAAGCAGCCCUGCAGAGGAAGGUGCUCAAGUCAUGGGAGCCCCCAGGCCAAGUGGAGACAGAGCACAAAAGGAGGGUCCCAGCUGCUCACUACCAGGGGCUGGACCUCAGCAGCAAGGAGGCUGGCAGCGAGAUGCUGUGGAAGGAUGGUGUCAAGCAGCUGAGAGACCAGCAGAUCAGAGCCAGCUUAACAAAGCACUUUGGCUUUCUGGACAGUGCUCUUGAUGACGAGGACAUGGUCUUCUGCAAGACCCCUGAGUAUGACACCGUCUUUGAAGAUAGCUGCAGUGAGAGCGGCUCCCCUGUGGAGGAAGAAGAGGAAGAGGAGGAAGAGGAGGAGGAAGAGGAGCAUGGCAGCACCAAGCUGUGCCUGCGGAGAAAUCCUCUUUCCAGGACCAGUUCUCAUUACUGUUCCCGGAGCAGGUCCAGCUCAGGGUCUUCCUGCUGCCGGUCUCGAUCACCCACAAGCAGACGCACCUUCAGGUGUGAGAACAGCGAGCAGUGUCAGGGCGGGAGCAGGCACCGGGGCCAGAUGGAGAAGAGACGGGAAAAGGCCAUCGGCGAAGGCAGGGUGGUGUACAUCAGAAACCUCUCCAGCAGCAUGAACUCCAGCGAACUGAAGAAACGCUUUGAGGUGUUUGGUGAGAUAGUGGAGUGUCAGGUCCUGUCCAGGACUAACAGGGGAGAUAAAUAUGGCUUCAUCACCUACCGGUAUUCAGAGCAUGCCGCCUUAUCUCUGAAGAAUGGCACCUCACUACGGAAGAGGAACGAGCCUUCGUUCCAGCUCAGCUCUGGUGGCCUCGGGCAUUUCUUCUGGACCAGAUAUGCUGACUUGGAUUGCAGCGCAGAGGAGUCCUCCCCAGCUCCAGUGAAAAGCAAGUAUGAGACCAUGGAUUUCGACAGCUUGCUGCAGGAAGCCCAGCUAAGCCUGCAUCGGUAACAGCCUUAACCUUGGAGGAAUACCUCAAUACCUCAGUCAAGGCACUUCCAAUAUGUUUACGUUUUCAAAGAAAUUAUUCAGUCUAUGGAAAGAGAGAGAACGUGAGAGAGGAGAGUACGCGAGAGAGAGACUGCUGUCCCUUCUGAUUGAUGUUUACAUUGAACAAAGCUGCUUCUGUCUGUGAGUCCCCAUGGUGUUGAUGUCUCACUGCCACCCGUUAGUCCCUCCGCUGCUGACUGGUUGUUUUAGGGUGAGCCUAGGAGCCCCCCGGCCCCUCUCCCCCAUCCUGGUCCCCCACCGUGCUCCUGCCGUGGAGUUGCAGCUGUGUUCACCAUAACAUUUUUUGUCCGUAGUGUGUGAUGAUGAAAUUGUUACUUGUGAAUAGAAUCAGGAUUAUAAACUAAUUUUUAAUAGAAGAAGAGAAAAAAAGAAGUAUAUACUUAAAAAAUGUAUUUAUGGCUCAGAUGUACUGUAAUUCAGAUUUAUUGUACCGCUUCCUUGAUUUUUAACUAUGCACUGUAAUGAGGCACUUGCCACUCAGCAAAUGGGUGGUCAAAGCAGAGUCACGGAGCAUGGAGGCACCUGCCUGCCCUGCUGGCAAACCAGGGUGCUCGGUCAUUGUGUCGGAGUCACCCACUUUGCUGUCAAAGCCAUUAUUCUUUGCUUGCAUGGUCUGAGAUCCCCAGCCCCAGCCCAGCUGGGCUGCAGCACCUGGAUGCUGAGCUUGGUCCUGGUGUGUGCUGGAACAGGUGGGCAUACUCUAUAUGUACAUAGGGCCAGUCAGCUUUGCAAGCUCUGAAGUAUGUUUGCAUACUGCAAGCUUGAAGGAGAGGGGUGGUAGAAGGAUGCACUACAUGACGGGCCAUGGGACUUCCUCCAGCCCCCAGUCGCCUUUGGAGCCACGAGAGAUGGGCCAGGGACUGAGCUGGCCAGGCUUGAUCCUGUGGGCACAGCCUGGGGGACGGGCACCUCCAGGUCUGUGCAAGGGAGCUGGCUUCUCUCCAGCCCCUUGGGUACUGGGAGACAAGACAGGAUGAGUGGCUUGCUCCCCACUUGCUUCUACUCCUGCAAAGCAAGUGGGGCAAGAAGACCCAUUUGUGAUGGCCCCCAAAAUCCAGAGGGGUAGGGAGGGGGCACGGCAGCCACACUGAAUGCCUGCCUCACUGCUCUAUCUGUCCUCUGCUCGGUACCUGAUAAGCCAUACACUUCCCCAGCACCCAGCUGGCACCCAGUGCCCUGUGGCACACUUGCCUGCUCUGCCCCUGGCUGGGGGCCCUCGGGGCUGCCCAGCAGCACUGCACUGAAGGCAAGCUCAAGCAGCAGCUCCCCUGAAAUUUGCUUGUAAACUUGUCCUCCAUCUCCAGGUGAGGUGGGAGAUGGAAAGACCCCGCCAGUGGCUGGUGCAAACCCCACCACAAACCGGCCAGAGGCACUUUUCCGGAGGGAGUGGGAACCUGGCUGCUCCUCAAGCCAUCUCCAUUGUUUCCAUUUAUUUUUCAAACCCUGAGACCACUAGGGAUUCAGCCAUCCUAUGUAGAUAGAAUAUUAUAGCCUUAACUCUGUCAAUAGUUAGAUUAGAGUCUCCUGGGGUCUCCCUUCCCCAUGACUUAGAGGUUUAUUCUCAUUUCCCUCGUGUGGGAACUAUUUCGUCUUGCAGGGAGUAUGACCAAAGCCUCUGAAAUUGCACAAGAUGUGAUGCCAAGAGCCUGAGCCCUGCCAAGAGGGCCCUGGGCUCCGGGGCCAUCCAUGCAGCUGGUCUCUGGUGGGAUCAGGAGCACCGGCAGCACCGAUACCAGCACAGUUACCUGGCUAUUCCUCCCUGCUUUCGGGAAGCCAAGGUUCUGACAACCAGCCUGGCAGUGCAAGGGCCCACGGGCCACUGCGGGGUUUGAACUGCAGGUCCCCAACCUGCCGCCGGUGACCAUCACUGCCCUUGUGCCAUUUCAGUCUCAGCAGCAAGGUUUGGUGUCUCUCCUGCCACAAGCUCUCCCGGUUCCUCAUCCCACCUUAGCAAACACGAGCAGCUCUGGCCAAGACUGAGCAUCUGCUAUUGGCAAUUGCCUCAUUGUAGCUUUGCCUUUUUCUGUCCUAGUAUUUCCUCACAAUGAUGAUGUUUACAUGUGAUUGCUAUAGAGCUUAUGUAGAAUGUAUAUAGCGACACAUUUAGGGUGGGUAGUACUGUCCUGUGCUGUGCUGAUGUUUUUCAGAAAACGAUCAAUCCAAAAAAAAGCAAACAAAAAGAGAAGUAAACUAAGUGGAAUUCUUCCAUCUCCCACUCAGCUGGGCCCCGCUGAGGAUGCAUCAAGGUGGCAGAGGGGAAGGGUCAGUGCAAUGCCUGAGGAAGCCCUCUCCUGGGGGAUCACUCGGUCACUUCCCAAGCACUGGUUUUGGUGUACCCAGGUAUCAAAUUCCAAAGUUUUUCUGUGGCUGGGCACCCCGGGUCAGCCCCAGCCCCUGCCGUGCCUGGCUUCUGAAUACCAAGCUGGUGCUUGGGAAGGGGGGGGCUCAUCCUGCACAGAGCUCAUCAGCACUGCACCCAUAGGGUAAGGAGAGAUGCAAUAAGUGGUCUUUGUGGUGCCUGAAGCCUAUAAGUGGGAUUGCGUUUUGGGGGAGGUUUUAUUUGUUGGGGUUUUUGUUGUUUUCUUUCCCCAUUAAACAGGGAUGGCUUGUUUUCCCUCCUGCCCAGGGAAUUUCUCCAGGACUUAUGCACUAUGCCCAGAGGUGUGCAAGGUGCAGGGGCACUGUGGCCCAUCGCUGCCUGCUCCAGGGGCUUCCCUCAAAGUUCAGGAGUAGAGGGUGUUCAGCUCAAGAAGCACAGCUCUGCUGGCUUUAGAAUCCCUCACACAGGGUUUGUGGUGAAAAGUAAGUUCCCACUUUAGUUAUUUUCUUUUAUAUUUUUAAUAUAAAGGUGUCUUUAGCUCACAGCGCUCACAUCUGCAGAGGGGCAGGAAGGAGCGCUCGGGCACAAGGUGCAGGUGAAAGCUCUCUCCCUGAGCAGCCCGUGACUGUUCUGGAUGCUGACAGGGAAGUGGGGCAGGAUCAGAGCAGGGAGAGGCAGCCUGUGCUGCUGGGGAAGCCGGUGGCACCCAGUGCUUUGCUGCUGGGGACAGGGAGCAGGAUCACCCCCCUGCAGACAGGCUUUACAUCCCGCCCAGCCUGUGGCAUCAUGGUGGGUGCCCUGCUGUGGGUGUAGCUCAGAGCUUGGCAUCCUGAAAAGGGAAUCCUGGCCCCAGCUGCCUGUGAGGGCCGGGGCUGUGGGGCUGGUAGGAGUGCUACUUCAGAGAGGAACUGAGAGCCAAAGGGUGUAUUACGGUAGGCAAUAAGUAAGGAGGAGAUUUAUUUUUUUAAACAUAUGACUAUAGAAUGUCCCCCAGUAGUUUCCUACAGGUACUGUGGGGAAAUGCUGAAUGUGAAGUCUCAUGAUAAAAUGCCCCUUUGCCUUUUUUGCACAGAUUUGUCCCAGGGAAGCUUGUGGUUCAGGGUGGGAUACUGGGCUCUUGGCUGGAGCCCAGUGGGUCCCUGGGGCUCUGUGGGAAGGAGCAAACAUUUCUGAGUGUCUGGGCUGAAUGCAGAGGACAAUCCUGGGUUCUAGGUUCCGUGCUGCCCCAAAGAAAAGGUUUCUCCCUAUCCCCACUCAGCGCAGCUGACUGGACUGCACAUCGUCUUCAAUGAGGCGGCCGCUCAGUCACCGUGUUACAGUCUUGAGUGUCUGAUUCCAGCACUGGUCCAUGCAAAGGAGCAUUGCAAUUGCAGACCAGCACUAUUUUCCUUCUUUUUCUUUUGUUUUGGGUUAGUUUUUGUUCCUUUCUUUUGGAGGCAUGCUGAAUACUGAGAUACAUUCUUUGUACAUCAGCUGAGCCCUGACACCUUUUCUGUUCUAAAGCGUCAUAGUCCAUCCCUGACAAUCUCAAGCAAUAUAGAGCCAAAUGCAGCCUUUGAGUUUCAUUCCUCCUCCCUCGCCCACCCUGGGGUCAGGAGGGGAGGCAGCAGCCUGGCCCCAGUGCCCACGGCACCGAGCCGAGAGCCAUGCUGCAGUAAACACUGAGCUGGGGAGGGAGUGUGUGUAUGCACGUGAGAAAGAGAGAGAAAGAUUAAACUGAUGCAUUUCUUGAGAAAGGUGUAAGAAUUUCACCUAAAAAGGGGCACAUCUGCUUUGUUAUUUAUAUUAAAAAAUGAUAAAUUCUGUCUUUUCCUUCCCUUUUUUUCAAGUAAAAGGACACUGCUCAUACUUACAGGGGCCAAUUCUGCCUCCCUUCCUCAUGCUGAGUAAGUACUACUCAACUCUGCAGUUUUCUCCUUGCAGAGUAAGUAGAAGCAGCGGAAUUGAUCCCUCUGUGAUUAAGAAUCGAGUUUUUAGUCUGUUUUUUUUUAAUCGGUAGCAUUUUUUUAUAUUUCACUGCAUUUUUUCCCCAGUUCCGUUCUGUUGUGUCCUUAUUUAUGUAAUAUACUUUAACCUUAAAAGGCGGCAUGGAUUCUUAUGCCUUUCCUUUAUUAUUAUUGUUAUUAUUUUUGAACAAAGAGAUUUAUUUCUAGUGUGAUUUAACUGUCUACCUUCUAAGACAAGAGAACGUUUUCUUGUAUUUUUACAUUGUCAGAUUCUAUAGUUUCAUAGAUAAUUUAACCAAAUCGCUCAAUGUAUUAUCUCUAUCUCUCCGGUGGGUAUAAAAGUUCUAUUUUAAAUUGUGUAAAUACUUCAGAACUGGCUUCUUUUUCCAGACUCCCCAGCCGUGGAGUUACUUGUUUACAUCAAAAAGACUGUAGAAUCUCUACGCUCAUGUACUGUAAAUAGUGAAGUGAUCUGCCUAUAAAUAAACGAUAACAUAUAUACUACAAAGU